UGAAUGCUACAUGUACAUAGUUUUUUGCAUCAUGAAGACUCUUAUUCAGUGUUUUGUGUUGAUAUUCUGCCUAUAUUCUAUAGAAUGUGCGUUUACAUGCGACUACAAAUACAGUCUACUGACGAAAGGAUGGUUCAAACUAAACGUAGUACCUGAGACUUGGCAUGAUGCUCGACUACGCUGCAGUCUUCAAGGUGCUGUGUUAGCUUCUCCAACUUCAUCAGCAAUGGCAGCUGAAAUGAGGCACACCAUGAAGAAUUUCUUCAUCCAAGAUACUGAAGUCUUCACUGGAAUACAUGCUACCUUCUCGUCUGGGAGCUAUUAUACGGUUGAUGGUAUACCUCUCAGUAAGAUCCCUCUAGUUUGGGCCAAUAACGAGCCAGAUAACUUUGGAAAUAAAGAGAGAUGUAUAACCUUUAGCAGUAAUGGAUCUGCAGCUGACAGAUAUUGUGAGGAACCCAGACCUUACAUCUGCUUUCGCUCUGGAGAAAAGGAGGUGCUGACCAAUAGGUGUGGCACUGUUGAUGAUACUGAUGAUGGAUACUACUAUUACGAAGUGACCGAAAAAUGCUACAAGUUCCACAGAGUACCAGGAACUUUUGAUCGUGCUCACUUUGUUUGUUCGGCUGAAAACGGCCAUCUUGCCAUUAUAAAUAAUGAAGAUGAAGCGGAAGUUUUGAGACAAGUCUUUGCUGAUAAUCCUGCUGCAUGGAUACCUGGAAUUUUUUGGAAAGACGUAGCUUUCAUCGGUUUCCACGAUUGGGGCUUAUGGGGCGAUUGGAGGACAAUACAUGGAGAAACGCUAAAAGAGGCUGGUUACGAUAAAUUCUCUGGUGGUGAACCUAACAAUGCAACUACGGGUGAACACUGCGGGGCCAUCUAUCGUUCAGCGCUUCUGGAUGACCUCUGGUGCGAUAAACCAGCUCCAUUCAUCUGUGAGAAGGACCCAGCGUAUCCACCUAUCUGCCAGCCUACGGCUGAUGAAGAAAUAGAUAUUGAUGAGCGGUUUAAUAACAAUGUUGAAUAAUAUCAGCGAACUAGGGUAGAGUUCUCCUCAAACUUUAGUCGUCAUGAAAUCGAGUUUUACUAGCGUGUUCCACAUGUGGCAUUCAUGGUGUGACCAACAAUUCAUUCAGGACCAUAUAAAAAUACCACCACUUGAUUGUUCGGGCAUGGCGGGAAUAUGCUGUAUUCAAUUUUCUAAAAUGUAUCGAUUGUAUAAAACUACAUAUGUAGUCAGAAAAUGUAAUCUAUACUAGUAAAAUAAUUCGUUAUUUUAAAA